AUGCGUACCACACUGUCAAUUCUCAUGUUGGUUUGUUUGGCGUCGGUAACUAUUCAGCAGCAGAGUCAAAAUCAGCGCGUUCUAAGUCAGCUCGGGCUCGCCCUACCACCUCCUAGUGUAAUAUUAUCGCGACUGGUCCAGCAUGGAGUCGACAAGCUUGAAGGACUCCAAAAACAAUUCAGCGGCGCAGACGUCAAUCUAUUUUCUGAAAGAAAAUUCGGUUUGGGCAUCGGUACCCUCUUCAAGCCGUUACUUUUAGUAGCAUUGGCCAAAAUCAAGCUGGCUCUUUUAUUUGGAAAUCCUUUGGUCUUGUUGGUCCUGAAAAAACUUUUACUUCACGCUGUUCUAGGCAAAUUAUUACUCAAGAUUCCACUCAUAUUGCUCGGUGGCAAAGCCUUGUUGCUAACCAACAUCAUGGCCAUUAAAUUCGCGUUGAUCGCCAAAGGAUUGAUUGGUUUCAAAGCAUCUUUAACUCUACUCUUCCUAGGGGGUUUCCUUAAGAGCACAUUAGGAGGAUCAGGAUUAACUACGAUUUUAGGUCUGGCCGGUUCUCUUCUCAAACUAACUGGACAUGGGUUUAAAAGUGAAGAAGACGACGAACAACCAAACUUCAAAUUGCCUGUUACAACAUUUGGAAUUCCUCCUUCAUUUGCAAAACCAUCCUUCAACUCUCCUCCAGUCCCAUUGAAAACUGCAAAUUCUUACCAAUCCCGCGCUACUGUACUCUCAACACCUGCAACUCCUUUGACUGCGCCAAUAAGCACUAACCUUAGCGGAACCAAUUUUGGAUUGGGAAUUUCCGGUUUCGGUGCUAAUGGAUUUGGUGGAUCUGGUCUCCUGACUAUACGUGCCAAGCGCGACGUUCAAGGAGAUAACGGAGAGAGAAGAGGUGAAUUCUCAGGCGAAUCACUUGAAGAUCUGAAACUGGAAUUCGAAGCUGCUAGGACCAAUGGAAACGCCUAUCUCUUCAUGGCUGCUCAGUUUGACGAGCAAUCCUGCGGGCUCCGCCUUCUUUGUGAAGUCUACCAAAAACCGCAAGAAAGUCUCACUCAAGACGAGAUUUUAUUACAAAACCUUUUAGGAUAUCCUCUUACCCCACUGAAUGAAGAGGACAAGGACACUCCAAAGGAAGCGUAUCAUAUGGCGGCCCAACUGGGAACAUCUUACCAGGGUCAGACGAAUAAUCAAAUCUGCGCUCGUUUUUACUCAACUUGCCCCCACAAUGCCCAGCAGAUGAUUCACAAGUUUGUCACCGAAGAUUUUCAAACCAACGAAGCUGAUCCUGACAAUCGCCCUGUUAGCCAUCCUAAAGCGCCCCAAACUAGCCACAACGCACCCUUCUAUUACCCUACUCGGCAACCAACCAUGACACCCAUCCAACUGUGGAAAUCUCUUUUCAAGAUGCCAGGCCAUCAACAGUAGCUGCUGAAUUCUUGAAUAAUCCUAACCAUGAAAUCUACGAAUUUGCCUCUUUCUAAUUUUACUAUGACAUUGUAACCAUGUAUGAACCUUGAAUUCACCAGAAUCCAAAUGAUCCCUUGAUUAUAAUAUACACAACAAUAUUUAUUCUA